AUGUCGAAGCCUACAGUCAUCCUCGUCCAUGGAGCCUGGCACUCCCCUGCUCACUAUCGGGAGUUCCUAGAUAUCCUCGAGAAGAAAGGAUACCCGUGCGUCUGUCCGAGCUUGCCGUCUGGCGGCAACCCCUCUCCGGAAAACCCGCCAGAUGCAGAUGUUCGGUGUAUCAGGGAGACGAUCCAAGAAUUGGCGGACCAGGGAAAGGAGAUCAUUGGCAUCGCACACUCAUACGGCGGCAUCAUUGCCACUGAGGCAUUCGCCGGGUUUGGCGUCAAGACUCGAGCAGCCGAGGGCAAGGCUGGCGGCGUGAAGUGGCUCGUGUACUGCUGUGCCUUUAUCAUGGAGGGGAAUGAGACCAUGUAUGACAUAGCUCCGCCAGAGUUGCUGCCGUGGCAGACUGUCGAGGGGAGUUUGAUAUGCUUCACCCAAGGUUAUGACAUGGGCGCUCUCUUCUACUCGGAUUUGUCGCAGGAAGACCAGCAGAAAUGGGCAGGCUUGAUGACGCGCUUCCCCAAAGCGUGCGCAAACUACGCCACCAAAAGGAAGGCUUACGAAGGCAUUGACACAACGUACAUCUACUGCGAAGAGGAUGCUUUGUUUUCUGUGGUCGCACAGAGGAUCUUGGUGGGCAGAGUGAGAGAGCGUGGCUUCGAGAUUAAAGAGGAAAGUUUACCGGCAGGGCACUUUCCGAUGUUGAGCAUGCCAGAUAAACUGGCGGAGAUCAUCUUCAACCUACCUCUUCGAGGGUCGAAGCUAUGA